AUGGAGGAAAGUACUAUGCAACUGCAGCCGGGGCGCAGUAUAGGCUUCAUGACGCUGGGGUGCUCACUGCACGAAAUCCUCACUACUAUCAAGGCCGAAGUCAAGACAUUUCCGCGAUUCCAGCUCUAUCACGAUGACCUCUGCCCUAUCUCGUCGCCUGUACAAGUAGUCCUGCCCGACAACGGCCUGCGGCUACAGUUCGAUGGCCCUGACCAGCGGUUGCGCCUGAUCGAGGUGCUCGACUUCACAAAAGCGCGACUUGUGUACAAGGAUAUCGAGGUGUUCAGACCUGUUGAUAUGCAUGGUGGUGCGACAGGACCCAGAUUUAGGCACAUCUAUGACAAGCUGCUGGGGCCUACGUACGGAGGAGAAUACCUACCGCCAAAGUUUGAGAGCCCGGAUGCAAGAGGGACAUACAACUUGUCAUACCCAGGCAUUGCGUUCAAAUUCCCAGUACAGCACUCUGUAUACUCGCCCAAGAAUGACUUCAUCUCGUUGCUGUCAUCUUCUGCGACGGGGCCGGCGACCUCCAUGGCAGUGUUUAGCGGUGAAUCGUGGCAGAAGGCACGGGCGACAUUAUUCACAGCAAAUCCUACGACUCCAAGGUCUUCAGCGCUCGUAGGUACUAAGGGUACAGGAGGUGGGUCUGAUGAGAUUGAGCUUGUCAAAGUGCACGGCGAAGGGCGAGUCGAGUUGGUCAGAAGAACAAAUACUCCGUUUUGGAUCAUCCUGAGCGAAACAACACCUCAGGACCUCAUCAUGGAGCUUGGAGCGCCAGACUCUAUUUACCGCAAGAACGAUCACCGCCUAUCGAUCCACAAAGACCGGACCACAAGUGAUGCAUCUGACCACUCGCCUGGUGGGCUGACACCAGAUGAUAUGCUAGACUCAGACAGGGGGUCGGCGAUCGGCACAGAUAACGAGGAUGAUUGGGAGGACGAUGACGAAGCAGUUCUCGAAGCUCAGGAGCGUGAGAUCGCGGCAGCGGAGCACUUCUACAACUACUACCACCACGGCUUCGAUAUUCUGAUUUCGCAACCAACACAAAUCUCACCUCCGUCGCCAACAGUUGAGCGCAAAGAACCAGAUCUGCACGCUGAAGGCAAUUUGAGCGCACAACCACUCAAUCAUCUUACGGCAACGAAGAUCAUCUUCCAUGGUAACAUUCCUGGCUCGUACCAGUUCAACAGACACAGGAGAAGCAGAUGGACCUUAGAACACGUACCUUCGGCACAAUACCGCGAGGCACUGAACUCUGAGAUGCGCUUCAGUGAUAUUUCGGGACGCCUCAAAGAGGUUUUCAAGACUUUCUAUGACAACGAAGAGCAAGAAAGGCUACAACAGCGCGGCAUGGCACUGAACAGAGGUUGGGGUGACAGUCCUGGCAGCAGCGUUGAGCUGCUUGGAGGAUGGGAAGAUGCAUCCGGCAGACGCAACCAAUUUGCCAAUGCUGGGAGCGUCACAGGGGAUGGUACUACAGACGUCGGUAAUGUGGAACUAUUUGGAUUUCCCGGCAUGGUAUUCGAGGUGCUAAAGAAUGGUGCCGUAAGCUCUCUAACUGUUUACUGA